AUGCUGGCGGGCGGCAAGAAGGGCGCGGAGGCGGCGGCGGGCGGCGAGGCCGGGCCAGAGGCGCCGGUGCCCCCGCCCGCCGCCGCCGGGGCCCUGGGCUCCUCUUCGGAUGGCGGCGGGGCUUCGGAACGCACGCCCCGCAAGAAGGAGCCGCCGCGGGCCUCACCUCCGGGCGGUGUGUCCGAGCCGUCGGCCGUCGGGGCCGCCCCUGCGCCCGGCGCCGAAACUACCGGCAUCGCCGAGACCCCCGAGGGCCGCAGGACCAGCCGCCGCAAGCGAGCCAAAGUCGAGUAUAGAGAGAUGGAUGAGAGUCUUGCAAACCUGUCAGAAGAUGAGUAUUACUCUGAAGAAGAGAGAAAUGCUAAAGCUGAGAAAGAGAAAAAACUACCCCCACCACCUCCACCAGCUCCUGCAGAAGAAGAGAAUGAAAGUGAGCCAGAGGAGCCGUCUGGGCAAGCAGGAGGACUUCAAGACGACAGUUCUGGAGGGUAUGGAGACGGCCAAGCAUCAGGUGUGGAGGGUGCAGCUUUCCAGAGUAGACUUCCACAUGACCGUAUGACAUCUCAAGAAGCUGCCUGCUUCCCUGAUAUAAUCAGUGGGCCACAGCAGACUCAGAAGGUGUUUCUGUACAUCAGGAACCGCACCCUGCAGCUCUGGUUGGAUAACCCAAAGAUUCAGCUGACAUUUGAAGCAACUAUCCAACAGUUAGAAGCACCUUAUAAUAGUGACACAGUGCUCGUUCACAGGGUUCACAGCUACCUGGAGCGUCAUGGGCUGAUUAACUUUGGGAUCUACAAAAGAGUGAAGCCCCUUCCAACCAAGAAGACAGGAAAGGUGAUCAUUAUUGGUUCUGGAGUCUCUGGGUUGGCAGCAGCUCGCCAGUUGCAGAGUUUUGGAAUGGAUGUCACAGUUCUGGAAGCCAGAGACCGAGUAGGAGGAAGAGUUGCCACCUUUCGCAAAGGGAAUUAUGUUGCUGAUCUAGGAGCAAUGGUGGUAACAGGACUGGGAGGAAAUCCCAUGGCUGUGGUCAGCAAACAAGUAAAUAUGGAACUGGCAAAGAUCAAACAAAAAUGUCCACUUUAUGAAGCGAAUGGACAAGCUGUUCCCAAAGAGAAAGAUGAAAUGGUGGAGCAAGAAUUUAAUCGUCUGCUGGAAGCCACAUCCUAUCUCAGUCAUCAGCUGGAUUUUAAUGUUCUCAAUAAUAAGCCUGUCUCCCUAGGCCAGGCUCUGGAGGUUGUCAUACAAUUGCAGGAGAAGCAUGUGAAGGAUGAGCAGAUUGAGCACUGGAAAAAAAUUGUGAAAACACAGGAGGAAUUGAAAGAUCUUCUUAACAAGAUGGUGAAUUUAAAAGAGAAGAUUAAAGAACUUCAUCAGCAGUAUAAGGAAGCAUCAGAAGUGAAGCCACCUCGGGAUAUUACAGCAGAGUUCCUUGUGAAAAGCAAGCACAGAGAUCUGACUGCACUUUGCAAGGAGUAUGAUGAAUUGGCAGAAACACAAGGGAAGCUGGAAGAGAAAUUACAAGAACUUGAAGCCAAUCCACCAAGUGAUGUUUAUUUGUCAUCCAGAGACAGGCAAAUACUUGACUGGCAUUUUGCAAAUCUAGAAUUUGCUAAUGCUACACCUCUUUCUACACUUUCACUGAAGCACUGGGACCAGGAUGAUGACUUUGAAUUCACAGGCAGUCACUUGACUGUGAGGAAUGGAUAUUCCUGUGUGCCAGUGGCCUUAGCAGAAGGGUUGGAUAUUAAAUUAAACACGGCAGUUCGACAGGUUCGCUACACAGCAUCAGGCUGUGAAGUGAUAGCUGUAAAUACCCGAUCUACCAGCCAGACCUUCAUUUAUAAGUGUGAUGCUGUGCUGUGCACUCUGCCCCUGGGAGUGCUGAAACAGCAGCCUCCAGCAGUUCAGUUUGUGCCACCUCUUCCUGAAUGGAAAACUUCUGCAGUGCAGAGGAUGGGAUUUGGCAACCUGAACAAGGUUGUGUUGUGUUUUGAUCGUGUCUUCUGGGAUCCAAGUGUCAAUUUGUUUGGCCAUGUUGGGAGCACUACUGCAAGCAGAGGAGAACUUUUCCUCUUUUGGAACCUGUACAAAGCACCGAUUUUGUUGGCCUUGGUAGCAGGAGAAGCAGCAGGAAUCAUGGAGAAUAUCAGUGAUGAUGUCAUUGUUGGUCGGUGCCUUGCCAUUCUCAAAGGCAUCUUUGGCAGCAGCGCUGUGCCCCAGCCUAAAGAGACGGUGGUGUCCCGCUGGCGUGCUGACCCGUGGGCCCGGGGGUCCUACUCCUACGUAGCUGCUGGAUCCUCUGGAAAUGACUAUGAUUUGAUGGCUCAGCCAAUUACUCCAGGGCCAGCCAUUCCAGGUGCUCCACAGCCCAUCCCUCGCCUGUUCUUCGCGGGUGAACACACCAUCCGCAACUACCCCGCCACGGUGCACGGCGCGCUGCUCAGCGGGCUGCGGGAGGCCGGCCGCAUCGCCGACCAGUUCCUGGGGGCCAUGUACACCCUGCCCCGGCAGCCCACGCCUGGUGUGCCCCCCCAGCAGGCUGCCAGCCUGUGAGGGAACAGGGAGGCGGCAGAAGAGGAGCGUGAAGGCCACGGUGCUGCCGCUGUGGAGCCUGGGAUGGAGAUCCUCGAGUAGUUUGUAGCAGCGUCUGCUGAGAGCAGCCCGGGUUACUGUGCAAGCCUUGUCUGAGAACGGCCUUACAGAAGCUCGCUGGACCUUUGGCUUGGCAGCCUUUUACAAAAUCUUUGAGCUAUUUGAUGGGUCAGUGUAAACAGAACCCUUUACUGCAAAGCUGGUCAGGGACUUUGACUCUGCAGAUACUUCUUGGAAGUCAAAAUAGCUGGAGGGUUUUUUAGGGUGUUUGGGGUUUUUUUCUACCUAUGUGUGUAUUUACAGUUUGGUAAUUGCACAAGGGCCUCUAGAAGCUGGUUGCUAUGAAUACUAGCUUAGUGUAGAAUGUAUGUAAAUUUCUUUCUGGGUUUUUUUUAAUGACUUUGUUUUGAAGAGUACUAUUUUUGACCAAUUCUAUUCCUGUCUGGCAUUCAAGAAUUUGGGGCAACUGUUUGCCUACCAGUAACAGCAAAUCGCACCUCUCCAAAAUGGUUCAUUGGCUGCUACACCAUCUGCAUCCUGCUGUAGAGUAACCUGGUACCACUGAAUAUGCUAAGCAUACUGUUUUAUUAAAUACUUCCAACAAAAGAAAAGGUACUGAA